AUGGAAGGUCGCCUGCUUGGGGCCUUCUAUAAAGGCACCUGUCACAGCCCUCCUACGGCCGCCAUUACAGCAACAGUCAGCUGUGGCGACGGAAGGGGUAAGAUUUCUGCCGCGCCCUGGUUCAUCUUGUGCAAGCUGAAGAGGAUUCCUGAUCAGAUAAGAUCCUUUUCAGGAGAGGCAGCCACGGGCGUGAAGAGGAAAGCAGAUACAACAACUCCUACACCUCCAGUAGUUAAAGCAAACAGUAAAUCUUCCCCAUCGUUUACCCAAAAAAAAUCAGUGAAAAGGCCGCCUGUAAAAGAACAGAUAUUGAAAGAUAUUUUGCCGGUUUCUCAGCAACAGUGCAAUGCAGUAAAGAGUACUAAAACAACUCAAGGAUUAAAGUACUGUAAUGAGAUUCUUAACGAAAUGCUUGCAAAGAAGCACUUAGCUUACGCAUGGCCCUUUUAUAAUCCUGUGGAUAUUAGUGCAUUGGGACUCCAUAACUACUAUGAUAUCAUCAAAAAUCCAAUGGAUCUUGGAACUAUUAAGGCUGUUUUUGAAAUGCAUUUUGCAAAUAUCAAAAGCGAGCUUCUUGAGAAUAGGACUGUAUGUUACAGCAAUACAGAGAAUAUGAAAAGCUUUGGUAGAGAAAGCAGUAGUAACUCUUCCUCUGAAGAUAACGCUUCUAAUGAUUCUGAAGAUGAACAUGCUCAACGUAUUGCAAAGCUUCAGGAGCAGAUACAAUCUUCUUUGCAAGAUACCACCUCAGUCCAUCAGGUGCCACAUUCAUGUGGAAUACCACCAAACCACCACCAGCCAGCAUCUAAUCAUCAAAAAUGUGAUAGUUUACAGAGUGUGAAAAACACUUCACCUUUACAAACUCUGCCUCCCUCAGAUACGUCUGAAAAAGUCUUGAACAACCUAACUGUGAUGAAUCAGCCUGGUGCUACUGACACAAUGAUGGUAGAACUUGAAUGUCCACUUCCUGUGCAGAAGGACAUAAAGAUCAAGAAUGUAGACUCUUGGAAGAAUUUAGGCAAACCAGUGAAAACAUCUGGUGUGCUAAAGUCCUCAAAUGAGCUCUUCAAUCAGUUUAGAAAAGCAGCAAUAGAUAAAGAAGUGAAAGCUCGAACACAGGGACUAAUACAAAAAUAUCUGGAACAGAAUACAGUGGAAGCUAAAGGAUCUCAAGAGAAUCAACGGAACCUUGAUAAUGGCUUAUCUCUACAAUCAUUUUCAAAUAAAAUUUAUAACAGAUGCUAUGGAGAAGAGCAGAAAAAACAACAGCAGCCCUUGGAAACUAAAGAUAAAAACAAAGAC